CAGACCCAGAGUGCCCAGAGCUCAAAAAAGAAGAGCAGCGCCCAGAGCUCAAAAAAGAAGAAGAGCAGCGUCAAGAGCCUGUCCCUGUGAAGGGUGAGGAUGAGAAUGAGACUGCUCAUUCCUCACAGCUUCAUCAAAGUCAAACAACAGCCAGCUCCUCAGCUCAGCAGAUGGGAAAAGAUAGUGAUGAGGGGGUGUGCUACGGAGUUUCAGAUCAAGAUAAUAACCCGUGUGAUGAAGCUGAGAAUUCAGAGUCUGACCAAAAAGGUGAGCAGCGGAGCAGGGGACCGGAGUCAGAUGUAAACAAAGUGACAGGAAGCAGUGACAGCAGGACUUCAGGGAGUGAAAACGGUGACAGUGACAGCAACUGGGAGGAGCCCGUGAAACCUCAGCCAACGGUAAAAACAAAGAAAAACAUAAGCGUGUCCGCAGCUGAUAAGGGAUGCAACUCUGAAAAGAAGUCUCUCAGGUGUUCUGUCUGUGGCAAAACGUUGGAGCUGAAAGACUGUAGGCAGAGCAGCAAACUGUUGUGGUGCUCAGCUUGUGCUCAAAGACCCAAACAGAGUGCAAAAGUAAUCACGUUUAAAGGAAGUUGUUCAGAAAAUAAAUCCUUUCGAGGUUCAGUUUGCGAGAGAGAAUUUGGCUACAAAGUGGAUGCUGUGCGUCAUAUCAGGAUUCACACGGGGGAGAAACCAUACAGAUGCUCAGUGUGUGGAAAAGUGUUCGUUCAGAGCCAGUCUCUACAGUCUCAUACAAGAACCCACACUGGAGAGAAACCAUUCAGCUGCUCAGUCUGCUCAAAACGCUUCAUUCUUAGGGGAGGUCUGGCUCGACACAUGAGAGUUCACACGGGGGAGAAGCCGUACAGCUGUGCAGAUUGUAACAGACGUUUCAGGACGAGUGCGACGUUGUUAAAACACAUAAGGACCCACACAGGAGAGAAACCCUACUGCUGCCCAGUGUGUGAUAAAAGGUUUGUACAAAACGGGCAUGUGAAGCAACACAUGACGCUCCACACGGAGGAGAAGUCAUUCAUGUGUCCUUUUUUGUGGGAGGAAAUUCACCAGAAUGUCAAAUGUGAGAAAUCACGAGUGUGUCACAGAGAGCAGCAACAGUACCUGAAAUACAGUUUGGAAUGAAAAAAAAAGAUGGAUUUAUUAAACUGUCACAACAAAAACAUGAUUAACGUGUAUGGAAUGGCCUGCUGCUAUGUCUCAUUUCACUUUAAAUAAAAGACAGCUCAGCUGAUGAGUCAACGUAUAAUAUCCACAUUAUGACAUCACACAUUUCACUUUGUCACUGAUCAUUUGAGCUGUUUUUAUUUAGUGUUUG